AAACCUUUGAAGGGCGUGGCUUUUGGAGGCAUUGGCGGUUGUGUUGUCGGUAUUGAGCGUGGUUGAGGAGGAUGAGAGAGGCCAAGAAGCUGGCAUUGAGUCGGCUGAGCAGCGGUGCCAGCAGUAACAAGAGGCGCCGGCAGUCCCGCUCCUCCGAUGCAUGUGGGCGGCGCCCGCCUGUCAACCUCAUCCAGCUGGGCGACUGCGAGGUCUGCCGGAUACUGCAAGUAAGGAGAAACAAACGCAUGAACGCCACCACAGCCCGAGAGCGGCGAUGGGGUGGCACGUGCGGGUGAUGUGACGUUUCUCGUGUGAUGUGGUCAGUGGCUGACCCCUCGCGAGAUGAGCCGUGUCUCGCUCGUCUGCAAGACCACAAGUCACGCGGUCUCGCUGCCGCUGGCAUGGGCGGCCCUCGAGGCAUUGACGGUUCGACGGUGCCUGCGACUGCCCACGCGCACACUGCGCAACGUGGUGGCCCGCUUCAGCACCGUGGCGCGGCUGGAGCUCGACCUGCCCAGCAACGUGCCCUCCAGCAACCAGGCAGUCGGCAUAAGGGCGUUCAGGCUCUUCGCAGGUCAGUCACCACACACUGUCAGGGGAGUGGCUGGGCUUGGGCUCAUGUGUCUGUCGGGUGUUGUCUGUCUCUUGUGUGUGUCCAUUCCCCAGAGUCGUUUCGCAACUUGGAGGUGUUGUCGUGUCACUACCGUCCGUCGUCGGGGUUUGACAUGGGCGUGAUGGACCAGCUGCUGCUCCGCAACGCCAACAGUUUGAAGGUCGUCAAGCUCAUGGCGCCCGGCGGCGGCUGGCGCGUCAAGAGCGGCGAGGUGCCGUCGGUGCUCAACCUGCCCGCACGCAUGCCCAACCUCGAGAAACUCACUCUCAGCGCCCUGUUCAAGGUGAGUGAGGUGCGGCAGCCAGGCACUCACCCGCACCACAGCCACACCGUCUCUCUCUGUUUGCGUGUUUGGUCUGUCUGAUCUAUCUCAGAUGCCGUCUGCCGGGUCGUUCGAGGCCCCCCGUUGCCGCGUGAUUCGUUUGCUGGACAUGGGGCCGUUCAAGCCGCCCUUCCAGCGGACGGUGACGAGCGCCGUUGUGGUGGGCGAGGUGCGAAACCUCCUGAAGCAAACGGCGCCGUCGCUGCGACGGCUGCAGCUCGACGGAGACGGCAGGCCGGCGCUAUUCUCAUUCACGACCACGGACCGCGCGCCAUUCUACCCUGUGUAAGCCACACACAUGCCCACCCACACACACUCACACAGGGGAGGGGGAUGCAUCGUUCGUGAUGGUGCGAUGGUCCUCUCUCGUCAGGUUGAAUAAGAUGAAUUUGGGUUGGACGACGACGGAGGAGCUGCUGGCCAUCGACGAUGGGCACCCGAAGCACUUCCCGCAGCUGACCAAGCUGUCCUUCCACGGCCCCCCCGGCCGCGGCCUCACCGACCUGCACCUGCGGCUCUACGCCAAGCUCAACGAGGUGACGCCGCACGGCGUGUACUUCAAGUACGGGUCGGUCGAGAUAGACUUCCCCGCGCUCGUCAACUUCCGCCUGCAGUUGGCCAAGCACGGCCUCUUCCUCCUGCACACUGACGAGACGGACAACCUCCACUACCUCAGCGUUGAAAGUGAGUGGGUACACAGACAGCUGGAGGGCAGGGCACCACUGUCAGAGAGGGAGAGAUGGACAGACACGAUCAUCGUGUGGUUACAUUGGGGCAUGUGUGUGUGUGUUGGUGUGUUGGUGUGUCAGGUGCGUUGGACAUCCCCUCAGACGAGGAGGAGGACGACCUGGGAGAGGGCCCAUUGUGCGACAAGACCAGCGAGUGGCAGAAGCGCUUCCAGUACCGAUUCAUCAAGGGACCACUCGCACCGCCCCAGCCACCACCCGACAGCAACAACGACACCGACAACACCCCACCCGACACCCAGCCGUUGUCCUCCGGAGGGGGUCAAGGUCAAGGUGAGCCGUCAUCGGCCGACGGCAGGGUAGGUGGUGGGCACCAUCCCCGGAGUAGUGGGGCAGCGAGUGCGGCUGCGUGUGAGGGUAGCAGCUCGAGUGCGCCCAAUGGUGGGUGUGAGGAGGGGUGUGAGGAGGAGGACGAGGCGAGUUUGCGGGGCAACGGGUACCCGCGGGUGGGGGAGUCGAUGAAGGGCUACGACAUGUUUUGCUUGGAGAUGUGGAACGCCCCCAAGCUGUGCCGCGACCUCAGCGACACCACCACUCUACAGGUCAGCUGAGCCACCCGACCUGAGCGACCUGUGAGAAGAGAAUGAGGCAUGCGUGUGUCUGUCGUGUGUGGGAUAUGAUGCGUUCAUUCACCCGUUCAGACACUGUGGAGGCGUUUGAAGCCAGAGCAGAGGUGGGGGGGGAGAGGGAGCCACCACUCACACCGAUAUGUGCUGCAUACCUCCGAGUGUAUGUCUGUGUGUGUGUGUGUCAGGCGUGCGUGGGGCACCGAGAUUGUGGAGGCAUAUAAAAGCGAGCGAAGCAAGGUAAGGUGCGCAGGCAGCGCAAUGGCAUCUCGGAUUGUAUUGGAUUGCUCCCACACACGUUUUUCUGUGUACGGCACUGCAGCGUCCGCAAUGGCACUUCGAUCGCGUCAAGCCGUGGUGGGAGACGACCAAUGGCGCCGGGGGUGCUGCCUCUGCUGCCGACCAGAGCAACUCGAGCUCAUCCUGAUGGAUGGACAGACAGACAGACACACUCAUAGACACAUAGAUGCCCUGCCCUUCACACAAACUGGCUGACACACACCACACCCCAUCCCAUGUCCCAUCCUCGCCUUCGCCUCUCCUACUGUCCAUCUGUCUGUCUGGUUGUCUGGUUGUCUGUCCCUCUACACACCGGCGAUUUCAUUCCUCAGUGUGUGUGCGUG